AUGAUUAAAUUCGUUGACGCACGGCUACCGAGGCCAGAUUUCUCCCGGGUAACUUCCACUUCGGUCUCUGCGACAUCCGCCUCUCCAGCUGACUGGUACCCGCUAGGAGUUGUCUUGUAUACUAUGCUGCUCGGGGAAUCGCCAAAGGACAAUCCUCGAACAACGAUCUCCUUUCCGGAUUCCACUUCAUCACCAGCCUGUCGACGGCGUAUCGCCUCUCUUUUAGAACCGGAUGAAGAAAUCCGAGUAGGAUAUCAUGACUGCGUUCAUUCUGAGUGGAUGGCACUUCAACCUAACUGGAUUUUCGCAGACCAGCAUUUCGUCUAUCAACGGUGUUUGGUUCUUACUCUUUCAACGUCGGAUAUCUACAAUUUGGCAAAGAAGAAAAUCUGCGGUUUUGAAUGGCAAGCUGAAGCUAUGAUAGACGAAGAGUUUCUGGACAUUUUCCUAUGGUGUAAUAUGGAAGUUGAGGGGAACUUACGGCGAUGUAACGCGAGGGUCACGAUUAUUUCUUUAGGCGUCAAUGGUGCUUCGGAUGCUAUUCGCAAGCAAGUCACUAAAUUUCACACAAGUAAUCGUUUCAUGACGUCUACAAUUCUUCGCAACGAGCUGAGCAUGAGUGACAUUUUAAUUAGACUAGAACUAUACGAUAUUUUUGGAUAUCGAGAUUUUGUUAUGUUUACUAUUGAUUUCACGAAACCGUCGCCCUUAACCGAUCUUAACGUUGGGUUUCAAAAUAGCGAUGUAAGAGUUUAUGUGAAUACUCAGUAUCUUUCAAUCCACUCUGCAAAAUUCGCUCACUUAUUCGUGCGGAUAAAACCUGGCUGUGCAGAGAGACUUUGUCCAACUACUGAAAACAAAUCUGAGUUCGGAACUUGUAGCGAUUAUGACGUAUUAAGUAUGCAGAGUGACGAAGCAGAAGUGAAACUCUACAGUGGUGAAGAGAUUUUCGGAGCAAGAACACAUGACACAAAAAACUCGUGGUUGAUCAGCACGAAGCAAAACGAUGAGGUGAAUCUUUUCGGGUAUCUUACGAGACAUCCGGAUGCAAAAGGGAAUAAGAAUGAGCUGUCAGUAAAUAACCCCGAGGACUACUUCCAAGGCGAUGUUGAUCUAUCUGAACAACAAGUUAAGCAAAUCGAAAAAUCUCUCCUAGAAAAACACCGAGAAAAAAGAAAGGUCGGACGCGCUCCCAUCUACAAGAUUUGGGAUCGUACACAUCCCAUAAGUUUCGAUUUUGCUGAAACGGUGCCACGUCGGACGAGAGCGAAAAUUCGGGAGGCGAUGAAUUUGUGGCAGCGCAAUACCUGCAUUCGAUUCGAGGAGAAUGGUCCAAGUGUGGAUCGCUUAGAAUUUUUUGAUGGUGGAGGAUGUUCUUCAUUCGUAGGACGUAUCGGAGGUACACAGAUCCGUUAUGUGAAUCCGUUUAUGUUGAGCAUAUAG